AAUUCCACCCUAUAAACUCCAAAUUUAUAUAUAAUAAUAUUAUUAUAAUGGUUUUGAUAAUUUCUCAAGUAAUCAUGCUUAUCAAGUUUUUUUCUUUUUUGCACAAAAAGAAAACACAAAUAGUUUCUUAAAAUAUUAUGCAGAUUCUUUGGCUUUGAAUAAAUAUCUUGAGCUCUGAUAUUAUCAAGCUUCACGGGGCUAAAAUUGGAUCGAGAAAGUUUAUUGAUUGUCUCAAGGUGUAAAAAGAGAAAAUAAAAGAAGAUAAAACCCAGAUAAGGGGUUUUUGCAGACUGGAGACGAAGCUUUUAAGGUUUUGACUUGUGGUUGACUCAGUUUGUAAGCUUUUUCUAACUGGUUUUUGGGUUUUGGAAUCUGGGUCUGUAUCUUUUGGUUCUGAAUUCAGCUUGACCAGAUUGGAUUGGUUCAGAAGCUUUAAAAGAGAGAGAGAGAAACACUAAGAAAAUUAAAUUUAAAUAGAUAAUUGAAAUGGGGUGUAAAUGCUCCAAACUGAGUCCUUGCUGCUGGAAUUCACAAUUCAAGGCAGCUGUGCUUGAAGCUCCAGAUGUUGAGAAUGAGGGGAACACUGAGGUUAAUGACAUACCUGCAUUUCGUGAAUUCACAUUUGAGCAACUAAAAAAUGCCACAUCUGGUUUCGCGGUGGAAAACAUUGUGUCUGAGCAUGGUGAGAAAGCUCCUAAUGUUGUUUAUAAAGGGAAACUGGAGAAUCAACGCAGAAUUGCAGUUAAGCGGUUUAAUAGAAUGGCAUGGCCUGAUUCCCGGCAAUUUCUGGAAGAAGCAAAAUCAGUCGGUCUACUACGAAACCAGAGAUUGGCGAAUUUGCUUGGCUGCUGCUGUGAAAAUGAUGAGAGAUUACUCGUGGCUGAAUUCAUGCCCAAUGAAACACUUGCAAAACAUCUUUUUCACUGGGAAAAACAGCCUAUGAAAUGGGCGAUGAGAUUAAGGGUUGUUCUACAUCUUGCACAGGCUUUAGAAUACUGCACAAGCAAAGGACGUGCUUUAUAUCAUGAUCUUAAUGCUUAUAGAGUUUUAUUUGAUGAGGAUGCCAAUCCCAGACUUUCAACCUUUGGCUUGAUGAAAAAUAGUAGGGAUGGGAAAAGUUAUAGUACAAAUCUGGCUUUUACUCCUCCUGAAUACUUGAGAACUGGGAGAGUGACACCCGAGAGUGUAAUAUAUAGCUUUGGUACUCUUUUGCUUGAUCUUCUUAGCGGAAAACAUAUUCCCCCAAGCCAUGCUCUUGACCUUAUACGGGACAAAAAUAUCCAGAUGUUAACAGAUUCUUGCUUAGAAGGACAGUUUUCUGAGGAUGAUGGUACAGAGUUGGUACGCUUGGCAUCACGGUGCUUGCAGUAUGAACCUAGAGAGCGUCCAAAUCCGAAGUCAUUAGUUACAGCAUUGACUCCUCUUCAGAAGGAAACAGAGGUUCUCUCCUAUCUCUUGAUGGGCAUUCCACACAGUGGUUCCUGCACUCCUCUGUCACCGCUUGGUGAGGCUUGCUCGAGAGGAGACUUGACUGCUAUACAUGAGAUCUUAGAAAAAAUUGGCUAUAAGGAUGAUGAAGGAGUCACAAAUGAGCUGUCAUUCCAGAUGUGGACUGACCAAAUGCAGGAAACUUUAAAUUCAAAGAAAAAGGGUGAUGUCGCAUUUAAGCAAAAGGAUUUUGGAAUGGCUAUCGAGUGUUAUUCACAGUUCAUUGAUGUUGGAACCAUGGUCUCCCCGACUCUUUUUGCGAGGCGUAGUUUAUCGUAUCUCAUGAGCGACAUGCAUCAAGAAGCUCUUAACGAUGCAAUGCAAGCUCAGGUCAUUUCUCCAGUAUGGCAUGUUGCUUCCUAUCUUCAGGCCGCGGCUCUUUCUGCACUUGGAAUGGAGAAUGAAGCACAUGUAGCACUCAAGGAGGGAACAAGUCUUGAAGCGAAGAGAACAGCUACUGCUGGACAGAAGUGACAUUAGUGAGAUUGAAGCAAUUUCAACAUCCAGAGUUUGUUUCCUUUGCUUCCAUUUCAAAUGACAUACAAAAGAAAUUCUUUCCCUUCAGUGAAUGCUAGGAGAGCAUAACUGAAUUGAAGAGUUCCCCAAAAAAAAGAAAAAACAGGUAUUAGGAAAGAGCAGUGUGAAUUUUUUGCCAUUUUCCUAGUGGGCUUAUUCUCUUAUAUAAAAUUAUUAAUAUUAUUUUAUUGGCUUAUUCUUUUGUCUGAUUCGAUGUCUUGUGUAUGUGAGGAGGAUCCCAUAAGUGCAAUCUAUUUUUAUUUUUGAAAUCAGAAAGAAAAAAAAAUGGUGUAAAACAUGAGUUGAAGUUGAAUAGUGUUCCACAAGCUUGUACGUGAUUUGUGUACAGAUACCCACCACCCUUGUUUUUGUUUGAUCUUGUUGAUUAGUUUAUUUUUGGAUUUUUCCUAAGAAUAGAUCAACAAUUGGCUAUUGCUAUAAAUUUUAUAGUUACUAAUAA